AUGUGUUGCAUGGGCUGGCCAGUCAAGGACGUUGAGUACGAGCCAGCUCCAAAAUAUCUAAACACCACGACAGGAUACCGGUACCAGUGGAACGGACAGUCAUGGGAUCUGCAGCAGAUCCAAGUGCCUACUUCUAUCAGGUCUUCGAUGGCGCGCAAAGCAGAUCGCCGUUACAGCGACUACCUUGCCGACUCCGAGUCCAGUGAUUCGUGGCAAACCAUUAGCCCUCCCUCUUCCACCAAAAUGAAGAGUUCUUUGAAGCCUUCCAAGUCUAGGCGCGUCACGCUUCGCACCCCUUCGGAGGAGGAGCUUAAUGAGAGACUCUGUGAGCUUGGCCGUCUUCGAGCCCCCACUCCCUACGCCCUGUCGCGUCACUCCACCCCGGACGAGGACGACCACAAGGCCAACAACUUGCAAAACCACAACCACAACCACAACCAGCCUCUGACUGCCACCACUACCGCCGCCAACACUGCCGCCAAUUCAUUCCCUCCUGGUAUCGCGCCUUACAACGCGCCCACUGGUACUGUACCUCAACUUGGCCCCAAUCAGGUCUUCACCCACGGCUGCAUCCCUGGCCAACCCUUCCUCAACACCAAUCUGACGACAACUUGCGCACCCUACCCGUACGCAACCACCCACCAAGGUCAAGCACCACUAGUCUCUGUCGCCAACGGUACCACCAUGGAGCCAGGAUAUCAGAACUCGAUGCCAAACAAUUAUGGCCUUCAUUUCCAGCCGCAGGUCCCCGAUACUUCUCUCGGACCGAUGACUCAUGUUUACCAGCCUCGAUUCGACAACGGCGUUGUUGCCUACUCUCAUCCUGGCAUCGUUGGUCCCCAAGGCGUCGCGUUCCCCAUGCAAGCCGGCCCCGUCACCGCCCCCAUCAUGCCUGUUGUCGCGCAGCAGCCCUACCCGGCGCAGCCGAUGAUGGUCGCUGGUGGCCCCGCCCAGGGUCCGCCCGUGAUGAUGGGAGCAGGCUUUGGCGGUGGCGGUGUCCCUCCCGGACAGCCGGUGCUUGUGCACGCAGGACCCGCGCCGAUGGGAAUGGGAGGAGCGCCCAUGAUGCCAGGUAACUUUCCCGCUCACCCCUCUCAGUUCCCUGUCCACAAUGAGCCUGCCACUGGCAUUGGCCAGACUGCGAGCGAGGUUGCUGCUGCUUUCAUGACGAACCCCGAGCUCAACGAGCCACAGGACUUUAAGCCCGCCGACGACACCCCCUCUCGCAUGUACAUGGUCCGCCAGCUCGACGGCCAUUACAUCCAGAUGCCGCGCGCCACGAUCGAUUCUUUCGGAAAGGGAGCCCGUUGGUACGUCACAGACGAGGGAGUCUUCUACGCGGUGCGGUUGGAGGUCUGA